UCCAGACUAGUACUACUAGUACUACAAUUCUACAUUUACUAGAUGUCUAGAUCUAUAUAUAUAUAUACAUCUAGGUCUAGAUCUUAGUAGUCAAAGUAGAUUAGUAGAUAAAGCAGAUGUAGAUCUAGAUCUAUAGAGUAGUAUAGAGAUCUAUUUAAAAAGUCUAGAUAUUCUAGAUCUAGAAUUUAGAUUUUAUAUAAGAUUAACUAUAAAUUUAAAGAAUAGAUCUAAAUCUAGACCUAGACAAGUUCUAGAAAAAUUCCACUAACUGAGACGACUGACUCACUGAGUCUCACUAAGUCUACUCUAAGUUUCACAAACCUAAGUGACCUAACUUAGUAACUAGAUCUAGAUUAAGAUUAUUUUAGAUUUGACUAGACAUCUAGAUUUAUGUCUAGAUUCUAUUAUUCUAUAAAAGAUUGCCACUAGACUAGAUCUAUACUUUUCUAGAUUAUUCUAGAUCUCUAACUCUAGUGAAGUCUAGUCACUAGUGACUCACAAAAAUAAUAGUCACAAUAAUUAGAAUCUAGAUAUCUACUUACUAUCUUGUAUAAUAAUCUAGACUCUCGACUAAAUCUAGUCAUUUCUAGUGACAUUCUAGUCAGUCUAAUAAUCUGUAAACAACAUUGAAAAAGCCAGACAUUUUCACACUUUAGGCUAAUGCAGGCUGUUUGGAGGACAUGACCCCUAAAAGGAGAAUAUGGCUUCCUUUUGCCAGACGUCUGGUAAUCCUAAAUUGUUUGGUGUGUUUAAAAGCUUUAAAAUGGCUGAUGAAGGGACAUCUAAUAAUUCUGAUAUUCCUCGAGGCCUCAUAAACAGAACUGGAAAUCCAUUAAGCAAAGGAUCUAGGCUGCCCUCAGUAAGAGGUCAUCGAGAUCUUACUUUAGGGGGUGUUCAGAGAAAAGUUUUUGUACCUAAUUUGACUGCUGUAAAAAAAUCUCUUAACAAAGAUGAUGUCAAACCAAAUGUUGCAUCUGCUACGUUGACCAUUCCAGACCAGCUUGAUACCAAUAAAGGUAAAGGUAAAUUCAAGUCUGAUAGAGGUAGAGGUCGUGGAAGAGGGCGAGGUCAAGCAGAAGAUCGCACAAUACAGCUUCACUCUGAGUUUUCCUAUGGCCCAAUGGGUGGAGCCGGCUCAUCAUCAGGCUGGGGUAAAAGCAGAGAAGGAGGAGGUGGUGGUGGUGGUGGUGGCAGUGGUGGUAGAAAUGCAGAUGUUGACUCUACAGCUAUUAAAGCAGCAAUGAGACAUUCUAAAGGUACUGAAGAAGAUAAAAAUAUGUUGGACUAUCUUAUGAAAGAUAAUUUUAUUUCAGAUAUUGCAUCUGGGGAUCCAUUUAUGUCUCCAAUCAGGUUGCCAUUGGAUAUUAACUUUAGUGGCCUUGAUUUGAAAGUUAAGACAGAUAAAAUAAAAGAUGAAAUAAUUGAAGAACCUGAAAGUAAAGUUGAUGUCAAGCCUCUUAGUAUGUCCACUGCUUUAUCUGGUCACACUGUCACACAAGAGGACUAUUCUGUUGGUGACCUACUGAAGCAUGCAGUUAAAUCAGAAAAAGGAGACUUAAUCUUUCUUCAGUUUCCUGACACUUUGCCUGGUUUACCUCCAUCUGUUGAUGAACGCCCAUCAACUUCCAACAGCUCUAACAGCAAUAAGGAAGAUGAGCUUUCUAAGAGACUAGCCGCUUGUCAACUUAAAGAUUGUAAUGAAGGUUAUAUGGGUAAACUUAGAAUCAGAAAAUCUGGCAAAGCUGAACUUGUUCUUGGAGACAUUGUUAUGGAAGUCAUGCCAGGCAUACCAAUAAAUUUUCAUCAGGAGCUUGUUUCCAUAAAGACAGAGCAUCAUCCUGGUCAGAUGAUUGCGCUAGGCACAGUAGCCCACAAACUUGUGGUGACUCCAGACUACAACCAACUCCUUUCCCAUGUUGAUGACUUUUUAUGACAAUAAAAUUAUGUUUUGAUUUGA